AGCCUCCAAGAAACAGUUAGUAAAUCCAUCGUGGAGACGAAAUGAACACCUCGAGCAUGCUUGAGUUGUUGGCUAGCAACACACACAGCUCCGAAAACCUGCACGGCGUGGCGGUGUUGGGUGUCCCGGCGUUUGAUCCUGCUGCCAUUUCUCUCUUCCCUCGCAGCCAAAGUCACCCGGCCAGCGCUCCAACGACGACCAACAGUAGUGGCAGCGACCUCUUCACUGAGGCCAUGAACGUCCGAGCAAAAACGCUGUGGCGUUCCUUGUACCCCCGCUCGGCUCCCCCAGCAGCUUCUGCUGUCUCCACCGCAACGACUAGCGGUUCUUCCGACGACGCCAGCAGAGCUGCCGAGUCAUUCACUCUCAUCGACGCGGUCUGCCAUGGCAUCGUGACGGUGGUGGCCGACAAGACCGCCGCACCGUCCGCCAACCUGUCGUCUCGUAUCACGCCUACCAUUUCUGCUGCACUGACCACGGCGCACAAGCGCAGCCGCGACGAGGACGACAUCGUGUCCAUCAGUCCCGAGCAGCUGAAGGCGCGCAGUGCGCUUGUUGUCUCGCAGGCCGCCGCGCAGGAGGCGGAGGCGCAGCAGUACAAAUCACCUCCGAAGUGGAAGCUGUCAAAGGUGCUUGUCGGUCAUCAGGGCUGGGUGUGGACGACGGCGGUGGAGCCGGGCAACAAGUGGUUUGCCACCGGCGGCUUCGACGCGAUUAUCAAGGUGUGGGACUUGGAGACCGGUGCGCUGAAGAUGAACCUGACGGGGCACAAGGAGGCGGUGCGGUCUAUCGCGCUCAGCAGGGUGUCGCCGUACAUGUUCAGCGGCAGCGACGACCACUCCGUCAAGUGUUGGGAUCUGGAACGAAAUGAAGUCGUGCGUGAGUUUUUUGGGCACAAGAGCUCCGUCCACUGCGUCGCUGCGCACCCCACGCUGGACGUGGUGAUCAGCGGUAGCCGUGACAAGACGGUGCGGGUGUUCGACCUGCGCUCCCGCGCAGUGGUGCACACCAUGUCGGGACACACAGAUAGCGUCAUGUCACUCGUGGUGCAGCAGGAGGAGCCGCAGGUGAUUUCCGGCGGCAGUGAUGGCUUUAUCUACCUGUGGGAUCUGGCCUCCGGUAAGCCGGUGAAGCGGCUGACGCGGCAUAAAAAGCCGGUGCGGGGGCUGACCUUCACGGCGUCCGGCAGCGCCCUUGUCUCGUGCGGUGCAGAUGAGAUACGCGUGUGGGACCUGCCCUCCGGCGACUACGUCACCAACGCUAGCACCCGCGUGACGGACGCGGCGAAGAAAGAGAGGGGGGAGGCGGAGGAGUUGUCCUACCGAUGGAGCUGCUGCGCGAUGAGUCCGCACAACGUCUUGGCCGUGGGAAGUCAGGAUGGGGAGCUGGCCUUCUACGACUGGAACUGUCCGCAGCCGCGACGGGUAGCGGGAAAGCACUACGCCCCCUAUCAGUGGACCAAGACGAAGCCCUUGCCAGGGACAUUGAAUGGAGAGGGCGGGAUCAAUGGCAUGACCUAUGACGUCUCCGGCACGCGCCUCAUCACGGUGGAGAGCGACAAGAGUGUGAAGAUGUGGCGACUGCGUGAGUAA